UCGGAAAUCUCAACUUAGUUAAAACCGUUAAAACAAUGGAUGAGUGUAUGCUCAACGAUUUGCUCGAAUGUUCGGUUUGCCUUGAGCGACUGGAUACUUCCAGCAAAGUAUUGCCCUGCCAGCAUACCUUUUGCAAAAAAUGUCUGGAAGAAAUUCUCAGCACUCAUAGGGAGCUCAGAUGUCCGGAGUGCAGGGUCCUCGUCGAUGUAAAGAUCGACGACCUCCCACCAAAUGUGCUUUUGAUGCGGAUCUUGGAAGGGAUGCGCAACGCUACCCCCAGGGCCAUUAAGACUUCAGUACGUGGUACUCCGGGUCCCCAAAGAUUGCUCGGAGGUCAUCAGGUCGCUCCGGUUUCAGCCACCGCCAACCAAGUCCCAAUUACGAUCCCGGCCGAGCCUAUGCGCCAAACAAAUUCUGCGGCUAAACAGGUUCAUCUGCACAAUCAGCCUUACGGUCGUGCUAUUUAUGAUUAUAUAUCCAAGGUGCCAGGAGAUCUGAGUUUCAAGAAAGGUGACAUAGUGAUUCUGAGUAAGAAGAUUGAUAACAAUUGGUACUUUGGAGAAUGUGGAAAUUGCCAUGGAGUUUUUCCUUUAUCUUAUGUCCAGGUAAUGACACCAUUGCCACCCCACGUACCCCAGUGUAAAGCUUUAUAUGACUUCCGGAUGACUAAUGACGAUGAAGAUGGAUGUCUCACUUUUAAUAAGGGUGAAGUUAUCAGUGUAAUAAGAAGAGUCGAUGAAAAUUGGGCUGAAGGCAAACUGCUGGAUCGUAUCGGGAUAUUUCCCCUUGCUUUUGUUGAAUUAAACAGCAUCGCUAGAGCAUUGAUGAAACUCUCUACCAACGCACAACCAGGACCGUCCAGAGUAGCACCCCCAACACCCACUAAUGAAGAAACGACUCCACUUAUCCCAACAGAUCAUUCUCGCAAUGUACAAGCAGCAAGUCAGCCUCGACCGCAAAUACCUUUGGCGUCCACACUGCCAAUGUCAGAUUCUAGUUCAGUUGUUUCAUCUGGCGGCAGUUCGACGACAACAACUCCUAAUACUCCAAAUAGUUCAAAUACUUCAAGUAGCUCAAGUACAGCACCUAGUAGCCCAAGUAGUCCUGCAGCAACGUCACCACCUGCUGUCGGAAGUAGACAUAGCAUGAAGCGCCACAGUUUCACUGCCAUGAAUUCUGGCCAUCAUCCACACACUCAUCACAGACAUAGUGCUGAGAUUCUUAGUCCAGCAAUUGAUGCUGCGCUGACCGGUGCAAAUGAACCUUUUACUCCAGUCCAGACAAGCAGUAGCACUGAUCCUGGUGUACGCCAUAAACGUAGUGGCAGCAGUGAUCUGGUACUCGCACAGCCAUCUCAAAGUAUGCUUACGACUCCUGGUGGUAGUCACUUACCAGCGGCAUAUAUAGCUCUCUAUCCUUACAAACCGCAGAAGGCUGACGAGUUGGAAUUGCGUAAAGGUGGAAUUUAUAUGGUAACUGAACGCUGUCAGGAUGGCUGGUUCAAAGGGACGUCAAAUCGAACGCAAAAAUGUGGAGUUUUUCCUGGGAAUUACGUUGCCCCAGCAAAGUCCCAAUUACAGAUACGCAACAUUUGCCGUAAUGCAUCAAGUACAGCUACUCAUCAAAGUAAUCAAUCGACGUCUGUCUCUUCAAGCGGCAAUGAGCCACGACCUUGCAUAACUUAUACUAGAAACAAAGGUCCUGCCCCACAACCCCUCGGUUCCCGUCCUCCGCCACCUGAGCUUCCUCCCAGAACUACAAGCCCUGCAUCUGGUAUAUCUUCAUCGUGGCACAGUCAAGGUGAAACUCAGAAUCAAGGUCAAUCUCAGGCCAAUGAACAACAAUCUUUGGCAGCCAAUCCACUAGGACGGAGUCACAGUGCAGUUAUGUCCUCAAAUCUAGCUUCUCCAGGCAAACAGACAAUGUUACUUUCACCAUUGGGUGAUCUAAACAGAAGUCCUAACAACACACUGCGUUUAGCCAGCACUGUGAGCCCGCCUCCCAAUACUUCCGUGGCAGCUGGUACUGCAAGAAAUAUUGAGAAGAAAGAGAAAAAAGAAAAAGGUGUCUCACUGAUGCGUCGCUUAACUAACAUUAAAAAAUCAAAGUCUCCUCCACCAACGUCGUAUUCAAUGGAUAAUCCAGUGUUUGAUGAUGGAAACACUGUAACUGUUGUAAAUCCCGUCCACAUUAGAUCGGGUUCUUGCCCGAGCCAGCUACUGCAGGUUUGUCCACAGUUGGAUGUAAAUACUCAAAAUACACAUCUUCGUCUCUACACCGGUUCUGGUUCAAGUCACGCAACUGCAUCCCAAAGACUGAAACAUAAGGAGCGGCCCUCCUUACCUGUCACUUUUUUGCAAAGGAGUGGGGAUAAUGGAGUAAGCACAGCUGCCGUAGGAAAUCAUCAUCGUAAGAGUAAUUCAUUAGAUGCUGGUUCCGCAAAGCAAAGUAAACAGCAAACUUCGGUUAGAGAACGAGAUCGUGUGUAUCGAUUUCGUUGCAUCGUCCCGUAUCCUCCAAAUAGUGAGUUUGAAUUGGAACUUCGUGUUGGUGAUAUAAUACAUGUCCUUAAGAAACGUGAUGACGGAUGGUACAAAGGAACUCUACAACGUACAGGUCGAACUGGAUUAUUCCCAGCUAGUUUUGUUGAAGCUUUCUGAGAUUCGACGCAUGUCCGUUUUAUCUUGGAGACAUGUAUAUAGCGUGGCAUUUUUAUCAUUAGCACUUACCAAUAGGUAUGUAUUCUAAAUUGUAAUAUCAUAAUACAGUUUGUAAAUAAGAGCUAAAUAGUCAGUGAAAGUGUUUUCAAUUUUCUCAUCAAGUUUUGGAAUUUGUAUGUGUAUUAUGCUGGCACAUAUUCAUUGCUUCUUGAUAACUCACAAUUAUCUUUCAAUUGGUAAAGCAUGGGGUGAAAAUGAAAUUUUCGUUUUCAUCUCACUGACAGUUCACGUAAAGAUUUUGUAAACAUAAAAUUUUUACUGUAUAUUGACAUUCGUUCUCCAAUGUGUUUUCUUUUUUUAUAUUGGGACCGUGCGUACUCACUCAUGCACACUAUUAAUGUGCAUGUGAUUCUGCAAAUAGAAACGUUCUUCAAUAAGUAGGAACAAACGCCUCGCGAAACAUAUGUAUGUGAAUACUGAUGUAAGCUUGAUUUUUGUACUCGCGUCACUAUACACAAUCCGCACAGCUAAUUGUGUGAUACUUAGAUGCUUAGCAAUUGAAAGCAAACUGGUCAAUUUGAAAAAUACGAAUGCUGACAUUUACAUCGUUUGCAAUAUUUCACAUAUAUUUAAAUAAUUUUAUACAAACGUGGCGCACGGUAUACUUAAGAAAAUAAGUAUUUCAUUUGAAAGUUUAUAAGAUUGCACGUAAAAAUGUUUUCUACUAUUCUUACCACUACGAUAUGAUUGUACAUAAAUUAGCAGAAUAUUUAGAUAACAUUUAAAUGAAGCUACGUGAUAUAUUCAGCAUGCUAUCACCCACAGUUGACAUUAAAUGCUGCUGGUGAUGUUAUAUCAACGAUUUUAAACGUAUAUUAAAUUAGUUUGAGCAUGCUGAAUCUUACCUGAAAUUCAUACUGCCAUCAAUGUAAUUUACUGUGUAAUGAGUAAUGUUUACAAGAGUAAAUUUAACUUCUUUCUAAGCUGAUUUUAAGUUCGAAUUCAUUCAGUCGAGUUAUUUUGGUUUGAAUUAUUCAAUAUGUCUCACCUAGUACAAGAAUUGUGCUCAUACAUAUACGAGUGAGUUUUUUUUAUCAAAUCAGUUCAGUUCUUUCUUGGAAAUAAGCGACUUUAUAACAAUAAUAAAUGUUGAACUAUGUCAUAAAAAUUAUUUGUAGUAAAAGAUGUGGGAGAAAAUUCUUUUGGAUUACUGAAAAAGUAUUUGUACCAAAUCUGAAAUUUUUUCGACCAAAUUCUUCCAGAUAGCGUGAAGUUUUUGUAAUUACAUAUACGUUGUACAAAGUUAAACCCAAGGUGAUUUUUAAGACUGUGAAAUACCCCGAGACAUUUUCAAGUACUAAACGCACUAUAAUAUCGUGGAAUCAGAAUCGCACAGUGCUCUUUACGUAUGUAAUUUUUUGUAUAUUUGAGGUAACACAAUAUUUUUAAGUACGUACGAAAAAAAACACAGUACUGUCAUAAUACUGAUUGGCAAUUGAUUUUUGAUUGUUAUAAACGCGAAAUGUUUCAAGCCAGUGCCUGGUGAACACAUGAUCUGGCAUCAGUAUACUUUGAUGCAUUUAUAAUUGUAUGAUAAAGCAUAAAUACUUAUAUUAUCCACUCUCUACGUCGUCACUAGAAUUACUGUAACGACCUUGUCAAUAGUAAUAAAACCCAUUGCUACCAGCCUUAGAUAAUAAUCAGAAUUUACAUGCAAAUUAAAUUCGGUUACGAUCUCGAUUAACCUUUACAUUGCCGGGAUUUGAAAAGCUCUAUUCCCGUUAGAAAGUCUUAAAAUGUUGUGACUGUAUCUUAAAUCUAACAUGUAUGAAGUUCCCAUCACAGGCAGAGACUAUAUUUUGACUUUCCGGUGGUCUAAAGAUUAAUAGAGCUCGCAUCAGAAUUUAAUUUGCCUAAUGAU